ACACCGAGCAAUCCUUUCGCCAUUUUGUGUCCAACGUGUUUUCAAAAUCAUUUUUGCGAAAGUAAAACUCGAUUUUUUUUCUUCAAAAACAUGAGUGUGGAUCCUUACGGACCUGCAUCGCAAACACUGACGUUUCUAGAUACCGACGAAGCUGAUUUUGGAGCAGAUACGCAAGGAAGUGCAUAUGAAUUUACCGAUUUUACAGCGCCCUCUCAAACGCAGACGCAGUCUCAGGCCAGUCAGCCGGUGACAGAAAGUCAACAAGAUGAAACGCCUGAGAAAGAGGAGGCCAACAAAGAGAAAUUAACCAACGGAGAGGAAGAGAAUGAAUCAAAGGACGUUACCAAUGUAACGAAGUCUUUGGGAGAAUUAAACUUUGAAGAAGACGAUGAUGAGGCGUACUAUAGUAAAGAUCUUCCUUCUCAUGCUUGCAGAUACUGUGGUAUACACGAUCCUGCAUCUGUUGUCCUUUGUAAUCAUUGCAAGAAAUGGUUUUGUAAUAGUCGUGGUAACACUUCUGGAAGUCACAUCAUCAAUCAUCUUGUGAGAGCAAAACACAAGGAGGUUACAUUGCAUAAAGAUGGACCACUUGGUGAAACUGUGUUAGAAUGCUACAACUGCGCCUCAAAGAACGUCUUUCUCUUGGGAUUUAUCCCAGCAAAAGCUGAUUCAGUUGUUGUGUUACUUUGUCGGCAACCCUGUGCCACACAAAGCAGCCUAAAAGAUAUGAACUGGGAUCCAACCCAAUGGCAGCCGUUGAUAAACGAUCGUUGCUUUCUAUCUUGGUUGGUCAAGAUACCUGCAGAGGAAGAUCAGAUGCGAGCCAGACAGAUCAAUGCUCAGCAAAUCAAUAAACUGGAGGAAUUAUGGAAAAACAAUCCUGAGGCCCUCUUGGAAGAUCUAGAAAAACCAGGUGUUGAUGAUGAACCUCAACCAGUGAUGCUACGAUAUGAAGAUGCAUAUCAGUAUCAGAAUAUAUUUGGUCCACUUGUCAAGCUUGAAGCAGAUUAUGAUAAAAAACUCAAAGAAUCUCAGACUCAGGAUAAUAUUGUGAUCCGUUGGGACAUUGGAUUAAACAAGAAACGUAUUGCAUACUUCACUUUCCCAAAAGCAAAUGAUGAUAUUCGGCUCAUGGCUGGUGAUGAACUCAGAGUGCGCUAUGUUGGAGAACUACACAAACCAUGGCAAGGUGUAGGGCAUGUCAUCAAGGUUCCAAAUAAUUUUGGAGAAGAAGUAGGGAUUGAAUUGAGAAGUAAUUUGGGAGCACCAAUCGAGUGCACACAUAAUUUUUGUGUAGACUUUGUCUGGAAAUCAACAUCCUUUGACAGGAUGCAAGCAGCCAUGAAGACAUUUGCGGUGGAUGAGACUUCAGUCAGCGGUUAUAUUUAUCAUAAAUUACUUGGCCAUGACAUGGAGGAACAGAUUGUGAAGUGUACCUUGCCCAAACGGUUCUCAGCACCUGGUUUACCAGAACUCAAUCAUUCUCAAGUAUACGCUGUCAAGACUGUCUUGCAAAGACCUCUGAGCCUCAUCCAGGGACCACCAGGUACAGGGAAGACUGUUACAUCUGCUUCAGUUGUCUAUCAUCUUGUACGGCAAAACAUGGGUCAAGUUCUGGUUUGUGCCCCAAGUAAUAUUGCAGUUGAUCAGUUGACUGAGAAAAUACAUAAAACUGGACUGAAGGUUGUUCGUCUUUGUGCAAAAAGUCGUGAAGCAAUUGAUUCUCCUGUCGCCUUCCUGGCAUUGCACAAUCAAGUGAGAAAUAUGGACAGUGUUCCUGAGUUGCAGAAACUUCAACAACUGAAGGAUGAGCAAGGAGAGUUGUCCUCUUCUGAUGAGAAAAGAUAUAAAACUUUGAAGAGAAACUGUGAAAGAGAAUUGCUUCAGAAUGCAGAUGUGAUAUGCACAACAUGUGUUGGUGCUGGUGAUCCACGCUUGUCAAAGUUCCGCUUCAGAUCUGUCCUGGUGGAUGAGUCAACGCAAGCUACUGAACCUGAGUGUAUGAUUCCUGUUGUUGUUGGCUGUAAACAGCUUGUGCUUGUUGGUGAUCACUGUCAAUUGGGACCAGUUGUGAUGUGCAAAAAGGCGGCCAAUGCUGGCUUAUCUCAGUCAUUGUUUGAACGUCUGGUUGUGCUUGGUAUAAGACCAAUACGUUUGCAAGUUCAAUAUCGUAUGCAUCCUGCUCUCAGUGAAUUCCCGUCCAACUUGUUUUAUGAUGGUACUUUACAGAACGGCGUCACCGUUGCUGAAAGAAUGCAGCCAGGUAUGGAUUUCCCUUGGCCAGUACCUGAGAAACCAAUGUUCUUUUACGCUACAACUGGGCAAGAAGAAAUUGGAUCUUCUGGCACCUCCUUUCUUAACAGGACCGAGGCUGCUGCUGUGGAAAAAAUUGCAACUCGAUUUCUCCGUGCUGGUGUUAAGCCUGAACAGAUUGGCGUGAUCACUCCUUAUGAAGGCCAACGAGCUUAUAUCGUCCAGUACAUGCAGUACAGUGGCUCUAUGCAUGUCAACUUAUACCAAGAAAUUGAAGUGGCAAGUGUGGAUGCAUUUCAAGGACGUGAAAAAGAUUACAUUAUUUUGUCUUGUGUCCGUUCUAAUGAACAUCAGGGUAUUGGCUUCUUACAAGAUCCUCGUCGUCUAAAUGUUGCAUUGACUAGAGCCAAAUAUGGAACUUUGAUUGUUGGAAACCCAAAAGUUUUGUCCAGGCAAGAAUUGUGGAAUCACUUGUUAAACUAUUACAAGGAGAAUAAAGUUCUUGUUGAAGGACCUUUGAACAACAUGAAGGAAAGUAUGAUUCAAUUCAGUAAACCAAGGAAACUUGUCAACAAAACAAACCCGGGAGGUCGCUUUAUGAGUUCUACAAUGUUUGAUGCGCGUGAAGCGCUUAUGCCCGGCCGCGUUAUCGGUCCUGGUUUUGCGCCACAGAUUGAUCCUACGGCGACAUACCAGGACGCUUACUACCGGACGCAUGACAGAAUGGGUUAUAUUGGUGCGGAGCGAACAGUUGCAGCUGCUGUUGGAAAUAUCCCUAUUCCUGUGGGAAUGUUUUUGCCACCUAUGCCUCCCCAACCUCCACAUAACUAUUACAAUCAAGCCAUGCCAGGUCGCCCAAUGCCAGGUGUACGACAACAACAUGUUUCUAAUCAGUAUAAUCGCAACAACCGUGCACAAACUUCAAACAAUAGACAUCAAGUAAAUCAUGGUUCCUAUGGCAUGAAUACAAGCCAGGCUAGUCAGGAGGCCUCACAGCCAUUAUCCCAAGGUCCGCUUACUCAAGGUGGUAUGUCUCAACCUAUGGCAUCUCAACCAUUAUCCCAACCAGAACUGUCACAGGAUAGUUACUUGGCUGAAGAUUUUCACUUGAAGUCUCAAGGGGAUGCAGUCCUCUCUCAGGAUUCCACGUAUCAAGGCGAUCAGGGUUACAUGAACUCCCUGCCUGAUUACAGCCAACCUAACUAUGCCUCCCAGUAUUAAGUGCCCGUCUGCAGGCAUGUAGGGGACCCAUACAGUAUCAGGCCUGGUUCCCACUGCCCUCAUUCAGGCCAAGAUUGGAGGGAGAUGCAGUAAAGUAGGUGAUUGUACCCUCGGAGAGUUGAGAACAAACCCUUUGUUGAGAUAAGUUGAGAUUUAUUACAAGACCAUUUCAUCGUUCACUAUUAUUACCACUGAGUUCGUUAUAACAGCAAUAGCAGGCAACUACUGAAUCUUGAGUGAUAUCAUUUAGAACAGGAAUGUAAAGAAUACCAUUGUGUCAAUUAUGAUAAAGAAUACCAAACUAGUAUUAAACAGUUGAGACAUAAGUUAAAUAUAUGUCUGUCAGAUAAUGAAAGUGAUGACCAAUUCACUAUAUCCAUUUCUAGUUGUUCGCAAAGCUUGUAACCACUCAUUUUUACAAAUAUAUCUUUAAA